GAUACAUCUUCCCAGUUUGACAUCAAAUCACUGGUAACUACUUUAAUUACAGUCUUUCAACCAGUUGUAUAUCAAUCUCAUUGUAAUUUCAUCUAGACCACAUUUCCCUAUUUUGCUGAUGAGAAUUGCCAUGGGACUGUGUCAAAGCCUUACUAGGAUCAAGAUCAUAUUUGCUGCUUCCCACCCCUCAUCUACCAGUUUUACAGAGUUUUUGGAUCCAUUCCAGAGAGUUAUCCAACCAGAAGAGAUCUGGCUCUAUAAAAAUCCUUUGGUACAAUCAGACAACAUACCUACACGCCUCAUGUUUGCAAUUUCAUUCCUGACGCCACUGGCUGUCAUUUUUGUGGUGAAAAUAAUCCGGCGGACAGACAAGACUGAAAUUAAAGAAGCUUUCUUAGCUGUUUCCUUGGCUCUAGCUCUGAAUGGAGUCUGCACAAAUACUAUUAAAUUAAUAGUGGGGAGACCUCGCCCCGAUUUCUUUUACCGCUGCUUUCCAGAUGGAUUAAUGAACCCUGAAAUGCACUGCACAGGUGAUCCAGAUUUGGUUUCCGAAGGCAGAAAGAGCUUUCCAAGUAUCCACUCUUCCUUUGCAUUUUCAGGCCUUGGCUUUACGACCUUCUACUUAGCUGGAAAGUUGCACUGCUUCACUGAAAAUGGCCGAGGGAAAAGCUGGCGGCUUUGUGCAGCAAUUCUGCCUCUCUAUUGUGCCAUGAUGAUUGCCCUGUCACGCAUGUGUGACUAUAAGCAUCAUUGGCAAGAUGCUUUUGUCGGAGGAAUCAUUGGCCUAAUUUUCGCUUAUAUUUGCUACAGACAGCACUACCCGCCUUUGGGUAACAUGGCUUGCCAUAAACCUUAUGUCAGCCUCCUAGUUCAGACCUCAACAAAGAAAGAAGAGAGACCUACAGCUGAUAAUGCGACUGGCCUGCCUCUAGAGGGAAUAACUGAAGGACCAGUAUGACUAAUGAAUGUGCACCGUGAACUUUUAGCCCUUCUCACAUUCCUCCAAACUGGCCUCUUAACAUGAUGUUUUCUACAUUACAAUCGAGCAGUGAUGUUUUUAAGAUAUUCCUUUUCACACUGUAACAUCCUCCUACUUUUAAGGUUCAGUUUUCAAUGCAUAAUGUAUUGUCUAGGUGUCUGUUUUAAGUCCAUCGCCAGAGCAAAAAAAAUCCAGGGAGAAGAGUGUCAGUAGAAAGAACAUGCCAAAUCCAGGCUCGUUAAAGGAAUAGUUUUGAGAGGUAUUUGAAGAUACAAUCAAUUUGAAAACAGUGGAUGAUGUUUGAUGCUGAGUACCACCUAGAAAGUAGAUUGUCCUAAACUCUGAGGGUAUGUCUACGCUA